AUGUCCCCAAGGUCCAUCACGCCGAACAAGGCAUCGCUAUGGAGCAGACUUCCCGUAGAGCUUCGAGACAUGGUCUUUGGCCAUUUGUUAACGCCGAGGCGCAGCCUCUACGCUACCUAUGCGCGGGUGAACAAGGAGUGGAACGCCUAUUGGGAGCCCAAAUUGUUUAGGAAACUCGUGCUCACGCCAGACGACCUCGAAUACCUAAGCGAAGUCUUCGGCGGUGAUAAUACCCGGAGACUACGAUACCUCCACCGAUUAGAUUUUGAUAUCAUUCUCGAAAAGUACGACUGCGAUCUCUGCGACAAGGCAGAGGAUGAAGGAACAGCACUGCGGAAUGAUUACACCAUGACCAUGUGUUUGCUGCGGCUUCUCAUGAGUCUGCACCCUCUGGAGCCUGCAACCAAGCCGAGCGGCGAACAGCAUCGCGUAACCCUCACAAUAACAUGUUUUUCCCGUAGCGACACAAAACAUCACUAUAAGCCACUCGCUAUGAGACUCAACUCCCUCACGGACGAAUUCGAGGAGAUUGAAGAGCCCGAAUCGGGCCGCUCCAAUGGACAUGGCCCCCUCCCAGUUGACAAACAUUACGAAUGUGCCACGCGACUCUUUGGAUCAAGGCGUCUCCAAUGGUGUUUUGGAGACGGCCACCAAGUCUUGGAGCCCCCUCAGAAGCUGCCAGAGGCCCGAAUCAUCACAGACCUUAGCCUCGACCUCGCCUCAUACCGCACUCUCGGACGCAACGUCGUCUGGCGACUCGUACAGGAGGGCUUUCCCUCGCUCGUCGCCCUUAACCACGAGCAAUGGCUCCGACUCAAACCCCCUGAACAGCUUCGCCCCGACGAGAACUUUGUCGAGAUGAUCGGGACGCAAUGGCCCAACACAUUCCCACGACGCAUCCAACGCCUGAGCUUGUUCUCGGACGCCGAUCCCAGGCUGCACCAGGGUGGCCCUCGGCCCGCCACGCAUCACGAAGCCGGUCGGAGCUUGGCGCUCGCGAGUCAGUAUCUGUCGGUCUUGACCUGCGGAUUCGCCGCCGACGCGGCUGGCUUUCUGGACGACUUUUUCGAGGACCGCUGCCCUGAGGUGAUGAUGCGCUGGGAGCACUUGACCAAGCUCUGCUUGACCGCAGCCUGCUUCGAGUCUGACACAGGCGACGAGAUUUCAUCACUGCUGUCCGCCGCGGCCCGUGCGGCGCGCCGAAUGCCUCAACUUCUUGUCUUUGAGAUGUGGAACUGUGGCAACGGCCAAGCAGCGCGCUUCUGCUACGAAACCCGGCAGCGGACACGGGAGGGGAAUUACUACCCUGCGAGUAUCGUGUGGGCGUGUACUUGGUCACCAGCGUGUAUCGAUCAGUCAGACCCGGCUAUUGGGGAGUGGCGCCGCCUGGCUCGAGACCGCUCUGGCGGUCUAGAGGCCGGGGUACGCUUUUCUAAGAUCGAGAUGAAGCCAAUUGAGUUGCGGACGCAUCUUGCAAUGAUCCCUCACCUGAGGCUGUCGACGGAUAUGCUGUGUUCAACGACCCACGGCCGGAUCAAGUACAAGACUAGGAUGAGGCGGGAUGGAAAGCAUGAUAGCCUGGUAUGA